AUGUCAUAAGCGAAAAUCGUCUCAGUAAGUGAAACAAACAAUAUCUAUAAAUGGCUGGUCUUAACUAGCUUCUCAUUGAACUCGUAAACAUUAUUUUUAAGCUUAGAAUAUCCAAUAUCUUUAUCUACAGUGCAUUAACUCCAAUUUGGUCAUCUGUUGCCAUCUAUUAUAACGUAACAGAUUAUGAUUUAAACUGGUUUUCAAAUAUGUACUUCAUAUCAUUAUUCACAACCACUUUUGGUUUCAAUCCAUUUAUUUUAAAAUACUUUGGUCAAUCACAAAUUUUUAGUUGUAUUCUCACAACCUCAGCACUUUGGAUUUUAUUGAUAUCGGGAAACAAUUUCACAAUGGGAUUGCUAUGCUUUGCACUCUUAGGAUUGGGAGAAUCUCUCUAUUACUAAGUUCCACUACGUAAAAAAAGAAAAUAAAAUAAUUGUAGAUUUAUCAAAAAUAUGGUUCCCCCACGAGGAGCGAGCCCUUUCAACAUUUAUAGGAUAAUAUUCAAAUAGUAUUGGUAUAUUGAUAAGCACCAUCAUUUCAUUUUACUAUUUUUAUGAAGUGGUAUAAUUAUAAAAUAAUUUAAGGUAGAUGAAAAUGAAUUUCAAACUAGGUAUUAAAAUUUAAUAUUCGCAACAGCAGUUUUUGCUUCUAUCGUUUUGGUUUGCAAUCUUAUUACUCUCAAAAAACCAAUUAAUCAGAAGGAUUCUAUUUAAAUACGAGAUUCUCUUUGGAUAUCAAUGAAAAAGAUUUGCACUGCUGAAGAAGCUAUCUUCGACCUCCUCUCUUUUUCAGUUUGUAAAUUUAUAAACUCAAAUUAGUCAUUGGUGUAGGUUGGAGUUAUUCAGCUCUGUUUAACAUCUAGUAGUACAAUAUUGGAUACACAACGUUAGAGUUAUUUUAAACCAACGUUUGUUAUUAGAUUGGUGGGAUCUUGAUUGCAGCUUUUUACACUUGGAAAUUGCACUCCUAAUCACAACAUGGACUACAGUAAAGUUAUGACAAAUACAUGAAAUACAUAGUUUCAAUAGGGUUUUGGGCACUUGCAAUAGAGAUUAUCAUUUUUGACUAAGUUCCUUUCUUGAUCCUAGAAAUUCUGAAUUUUUUAGUAGGUUGCGGUUUUGGGGGAUAUUAUUCAAUAUUACUUGAAUCACUUUAGGAAAAACAUUUUCCUGCAUAGGAAUUAGCAAUAGGAAGUGUACUCAGUGCAGUAUCAUGUGUAAGGCUAUUUAAAAUAAAAAAGAUCGCUUCAGUAUUAGUUAUAAUGAUCCUAGGAUUACCAGAAUUCUAGAAAUAUGGAUUUUAAAUCUCAUGUUACUUAUUAAUAAUGCCAUUUUGCUUUAUUUUAGUAUUUUAUAAAACACAGUUCAAAAGAUUUGAAUAAGAGGCUUGA